CGAUGGGAUCGAGGAUGUCGGAUUAAUGGUGACUACCGCAGCCCGUUUUCGCAGAGGAAGCUUCUCUAUUGCAACUUGGGCGCAGAGGGUCCGCGGGGAAACAUGGCCGAAGGAGGUCCGGGUAAAGGUGGCGGAGAAGACCCCGCCAAGUCCACCGAGCAGGAGGACCGGACUCGACCUCAGAUCCUGUCGGGAUCGGGCUUCUGCAAAUGGUUCAACGUCCGGAUGGGCUUUGGAUUUAUCUCAGUGACCAGCAGUGAAGGGAGCCCCGUCGACCCCCCUCUGGAUGUUUUCGUCCACCAAAGCAAACUGGUGAUGGAGGGCUUCCGCAGCUUAAAGGAGGGCGAGCAGGUGGAGUUCACCUAUAAGAAGUCCUCGAAGGGGCUGGAGUCCCUGCGGGUGACUGGACCUGGUGGGGGACCCUGCGCAGGCAGCGAGAGGAGACCCAAAAUGAAGGUCCCACUCCAGAAACGCAAACCAAAGGGAGACCGCUGUUAUAACUGUGGAGGUCUGGAUCACCAUGCCAAGGAGUGUGGCCUGCCCCCCCAGCCAAAGAAAUGCCACUACUGCCAGAGCAUCACGCACAUGGUGGCUCAGUGUCCCCACAAGGCGCUGGCGCCCGCCACAGCCUCUCAGGACCAAAAUGCGUCUACCUCGGCCUUCAGUCCAGGAACCGGGCCCUACCUCUGCCCCCCAGAGGAGGAGGAGCGCUCCGGCUCGUCUCCCCUCGAGGGCUCCUCCUCCUCCCCCGAGGAGCCCCACACACACCGCGGCCCCAGGACCCAGAGGUGGAGGAAAUCCUGAAGACAGCCCAUAGAGGUGAACCU